AUGAAGCCUUCCAAAACUGAUAUCCCCAAUGGUAACUACUCUAACAAUACCGACACUCCCCGUCCAUCACCCAUAUGGCAGCAGUUGUCCCUCGACCACUCACACAAUCUCGCAGCCAAUCAGCCAUUAAUUUGGGGGGCAUCAACAGAUGAUCAUCAUGAUGAAGCUGCCAAUUGGCAUCAGCAAAGUCUGAGCUUCCCAACUCCCCCUGCAUUUCUUUCGCCUACGGGAUUAUCCAGAGGUCAUGGUGAUACCGAGGCUUUCUAUGCUGAACAGCAAAGGAAACGGUUGAUAUAA